CUCGAGUGAACCUUGAACCGUUUCGGACGUAUUUUGUUCGUCGCGCUCGCCGUCCACACAUUUUGCAUCGAACGCGCGCGCUGCUCUUUGCAUUCACGGCAACUUGCACGGAGUAUCCACAAGUGUGUAAAACUACACGGUUAAAUGAACGUAUACUAACCUUCGGUGUUUCGUGAAUGGAAAUAUAAGUGUGAUCUCCCUUUGUAAGUGUAUUUUUUUUUUAAUUGUUCUGGGUGCAGUACUUCCAAGAAAGUUGUUCAGUUGCACAGAUGUUUGAUUCUCCAGUGUAGUAUGCUUCAAGAGCAUUACUAAAGUGUUUGUAGUGCUUUUUUUUUCUUAUUGCAUUCAUACAUGUGUCUGAAUGGUGAUGGAAGUGAUAAAUCGCGCUUGGGAGGGCAGAGCAAAGUGAACGGGGAGCAGCAAUCUGAGUGAGGUCCCCGUCCAAAAAGUAUAAGAAACAAAUUACGAGAGAGAGAGAGAAAGAGAACCCGAGACCAGGGCAAAGUCUGGUUUCAAAGGAAAGGCCCACAAAGUCAAUGAAUGGCAACGAAGAAGCAGAGAAUUCAAGAUAUCAGAAUCAGAGGAAAAUUUUGUCGUCUCGCCGUAUGAAUAUGCUGUAUCAGUGGAGUAAAGAAGAAAACGAUAAAAGCAGAUGAAUGCCUCUUAAGUUGAAAAGUAUAAAAUAUUUGAUAAAUUUAGUGAUAUCCGAAAUGUUCCUUUGAGAUGUUUUCUGUGCAUGCGGCGGAGAAAUACAAAGUGAUUUCGGUGAAAGAAGAAGCUUAGAGUGGAAUGCUCGGUGUCAGCGAAAGGGUUACCAAGACGUAAUAAGAACAACAGCACAACAACCAAAAUACACAUAUGCAUAAACUUCGUCGUUCGUGAGCAGUACGAAAGCAGUUAGGCGUCAAUCAUCUGCCUGUCAUCGGCUGAGUUUGCGGACCUUUUUUUUUAACGACAGAACACUUCCUCAAGCCUAGUCUCCAAAAAUCGGCGACAGUGUCCGGAGGCAAAUGCAAAUAUCCCAAAACCCAUCAGAAACUGUCCGGCAGCGGUAAGCGUUGAAGGACGGAGCGAAGAAGUGUGGGAUUAUCCAAUAGCCCAUAACACUUCGACCGAAGAGGAGGAAAAAAAUGCCGGGAAAAAGUUGUGCCCCGUGCAAGUCAAUUUCGCGCAAAAAGUUCGGAUGAAGUUUUCUGACAUGGUCGGAGAAAGGAAGAAGCUUGCUUUAUUUGUUACCGACGAGGCAUUAACGUGACCAUGAGUGGGUGUUGAAUGUCGACAAAGAGUUUCGUGAAGCCAAGCCAUAGCCUAGUGUGCAAUUUCCAUACGUUAAAGUCGUUCAAUUUGAAAAUAGAAAAAGUUUUUGACGUGGUCAGAAGAAAGGGGAACAAGGGGGAAUUGCAGUGUGUUAUAGUUAUAGUGAGUGAGCAACAAUGUGUCAAGCAAGAAAUAAAAUGCAUAAUCAGUGUCAUACUAGCUGGAAGAUGUGGCAACCAUCUGUGAUAUAUUUGAUAAUCAUCGUACAAACUGCCGGCUGGUGGGGGCUUGGACAUGCGAGACCCAGUGAUUUGGAAGCGAACGAAAUGUAUCGUGACCUACUAAGCCAGCACGGUGCCCCCACAAUCGAAUCGUUCAAACCGGAAGUGGAACUGGAAGCUGGCGUCAGCUACGAAAUGACCUGCACAGCUAACGAGGCCAUCCGAUGGCUCAACAAACGCACAGAUAUGGAGGAUAUUGAACCUCCACUGAUCGUAGUCGAUCAGUUCGAGACAAACGACACCAAUAAGCCAUUUGGAAUCAAACUGACCAUCCCUGCGGCUUCGGCCAAUGUCGUUGGACGGUACUAUUGUAUCUUCGAAUCAAUCGACAACUCCGACCCGGACGUGGAUUUGGAGGAUGUCGAAGCACUGUACAAAGCAACCAGUACCUACAUCUUCGUCAAGGACCCCAGCAGUCCACUAGUUCCAGUCGAGCACACCGUUGUGUUCGCACAGCAAUACGAGGAUGUCGUCAUUCCAUGUAAACCUUCGUCUAAGGACGGUCUCGUCGAGUUGGUCAAGGAUGAGCAGGAGAUGGAAAUCGAAAACUACAAAUACACCGAAUCGCGGGGCUACGUCCUGAGAACGUACCGCAUCGAGGACGCUGGACUCUACAUUUGCCGUCCCAGGGCCAGCCCGGUCGAGCAGGAGUUGCACUUUCAGAUGGAUGUUAUGGAGUCCUGUGAGUUGAAGUUGCUAAUGAGUGGAACUAACAACAAAUGCAAACUAGGAAACGCUCGCCGGCUGCUGCCCCUUCUGUCGACCACUAGCGCGAUCCGAGGUCGUGAUUCUUCGCCACCACGCUUCGAAAUCAGCAACGACCGUCCGGAAGCACCUCCUUCUUCAGUCGUCCAUCGUUCACUUUCGAAAACCACUAACGCACGAACAUCUCGCACAUCUAGAAGUAGUAACUCUAUUCUGAACCUGUCUGGUGAACUUUCUACAACGACGAUGACGACGACUGAAAAGACCGAAUUCACCGAGCAGUACACCACCGAACAUGGUGCCGAAGGGUUCGACCGUACGACGGAUGCUAGUGGCGGAAGGGGCGGUAGUCGUAAUGCAAGUAGUAGCUCUGGUGUUGGAUCUAGGAUGCUUGGUAGUAGCGCGGGGCAAGUCACCACCGGUAAAGGUUCACGUCUGGACCCAUCUGCCUCACCGUCUGUUUCACGUCCGUUUGGACGACCCACCUCGGAGUACAUUCAGAAACCCAGGAUCGAAGUUAACGAUUCACAGCAUAUUAAGGAAGGUGACCCCAUUAAGAUGACCUGCCUGUUGGACGUUGCCGAUGGGGUUAAGUUUGACAUAAAAUGGAAACUUCCGGACAAGCGAUUAGCCGUUAAUAACUCCCGAAUAACGAUCAGUCGGCUAUCGUCCACUCCGCAUCCGGAGCGUUCACACUACCAGCUGGGUCGAUCGGUGUUGACCAUCAACGAGGCCGUAGAGAGCGAUACCGGCUUCUACCACUGCGAAGUGACCGAUCACAAUUCGCACACCAACCACAAGGCGGAAAAGAUUUUCGUUCUCAAACAAGCGGACAUAGGAAUCAUCGAACUGUACGAAGACAACAAGCUUGAGUUCAUCAACAUCACACAUGACCGGGAUAUUAAGAUAGUUAUCCGGUACAGAUCUGGUGUGCAGCCGGAAUUCUACUGGACCAGAGACGACGAAACGGAGCCGUUGCUGGCUAACGAAAAGUACUCAAUUCUAGAGGACAACAGUAAAGUGACGAUGACAGUGAAGAAAGCCAAUAUCUUCGAUACGGGCGUGUACACUCUUCAUGCAACCAAUGGGAAAAACUACACAACUUACUCCAUGAAGGUAUUUGUAAGAGACAAACCUCUUGUGACCAUUAGCCCGAUCCACGCCCGGCCAAACCAGGUCGUUACCUUCGUUUGCAAAGCCCUCGGCUAUCCAACGCCGACGAUGAGGUUUGCGUUCAUCCCCUGUAUGGGUGAACCGUGGAGAAAUUGUUCGCAAUCGCUGAACAAGGAGAGCGCCACAACCUAUCCGAAAAGUUUGCGAUUAGUCUCCUGGCCGCAAGAGGACGAAGUGAUCAUGCGCACGGGAAAACGUCUGGAAGAAAGCGGAAAGCAGUCAGACAUCAUCACCACCGAAGAAUACGAGAUGCGAGCCGAUACGGCCGGGUAUGUCGGAUGCUAUGCCAGAAAUGGCUAUGGCGACGAUUUCGUCAGAGCCGAUUUGCUCAUCAGUGAUCUGGACAAACCGGUAGUGGUGAACAAAGUUUCUCCCGAAGAUGAUGCAACAAUCGGCGAUGAAGUGACGAUUAAAUGUGCCGCUGUGGUGUACAAUCACACCAACCAGAUUCAGUUCUUCCGGGAUGACGUUUUGCUGAGUGAAUCUGAUGAUGGGACCGUUAUUGAAAGUGGUUACGAAUCGUAUGCCUACUGGAGGAAAUUGGUUAUCCAUAGCGUUGGUAAGGAACACGAAGGUUUGAUUCGAUGUCAGGUACCGUUAGUGGGUUCUGUUGUUGCCGACUAUGAUGAAAUGAGCUUGAUGGUAUAUCAACCGAUCGCUCCGAGCAUCAUGGAAGGAAAUGACCACGUGGAACUGGAGCUGGCAAUUGGAGAGAGGUACACAUUCACCUGCACCGUAGAAGGAAUGCCGAAGCCAACGAUCGAAUGGGUCAAGAAUGGCGAACCAGUGAUCUUUGACAAUGACACAAUAGUUUUGCUACCCAAUGGAAGCUUACACAUGCCAUCCGUGAAAACAGAACAUUCUGGCGAAUACAAAUGCCAAGCUACGAACAAAGUCAACCAAACGGAAAAGGUUUGGGACUUGCGUGUGUUUACCAUCCGAAGGACAUGGAUCUAUCUGAUCCUUUCGCUAUUCCUUGGCUUGAUCAUUGCGGUCGUUCUCAUAUCAAUAUUCUACUACAGGAAGAAGAAGGAGGUAAAGGCCAUGAAGGAGGCCGGUCUGGUCAACUUCGAAGAAGGCAAUCUGGAACAGAUGAACCCGGAGAUUUCGCUGGAUGAACAGGCAGAUUUGCUUCCGUACAAGAGCGAGUACGAAUUUCCAAAGGAACGGCUGAAGCUCGGCAAACAGCUGGGUGCCGGUGCGUUUGGUGUGGUCAUGAAGGCCACUGCCGCCGGGAUCAUGGUCAACGAAGACGAAACAAUAGUUGCGGUCAAGAUGGUCAAGAAGCAAACCGAUAACGAAGUCAUGCGAGCUUUGAUUUCCGAAUUGAAGAUAAUGGUUCACCUUGGUCAGCAUCUGAACGUGGUGAAUCUGCUGGGAGCGGUUACGAAGAAUAUCGCCAAGAGAGAACUGAUGGUGAUCGUAGAGUACUGUCGCUUCGGUAACGUUCAAAAUUUCCUGUUGAAACACCGACCGUACUUUAUUGAUCAGGUAAAUACGGAAACGGGUGAAAUCGAUUCUAGCAUCGACACAAAUCAACUUCGAUGGUCGGCAGCACCUUAUACGUACAACAGUCAAGGCUUGAAGUAUGUUAACCUCUCGUUUUCUACACACAAUGUCAACAAUCCCAAUUUGAACAACAACAACCAUCAUAAUGUUCACAACAACAACAACAAUCAACCACAUCAACGCCGAACGGCACAUCCACCGGUUGUGAUCUACUGCAACAACAUGGUCAACAGUGGUAACUCGGCAGCCUACACAAACCCCAAGAACCACAUGAACUCGAAGGGAUACGUUCGACAUUCCGGUAUUCAGAACAUGGCCGUUGUGGACAGCUGCAAUACGGAGGCUACGAUCAUGACGUCGGUGGAAGGUGAAGAACUCAACACCACCAACACCGCCAACUCAAACGAACCACUAUGGCGCUCGAACUACGGAAUGGACUACAAAGGCCCCGCCCGGUCCGUAACUACGACGGAUCUGGUAUGCUGGGCCUCCCAAGUGGCAAGCGGCAUGGAAUAUCUCGCCUCGAGGAAGGUCCUCCACGGAGAUCUGGCUGCACGCAACAUACUUCUCUGCGAUGACAAUGUGGUCAAAAUCUGCGACUUUGGUCUCGCCCGAUCAAUGUACAAGAGUGAAAACUACAAAAAGAAGGGAGAAGCUCCCCUACCGUUCAAGUGGUUGGCCCUGGAGUGCAUCAGCGAUAAUGUGUUCGGUACGUACUCGGACGUGUGGGCCUACGGCAUAGUGCUGUGGGAAUUCUUCUCACUGGGACGGGUUCCCUACCCGGGUAUGGAAGCCAACCAGGAGCUGUACAACAAACUGCGCGAUGGCUAUCGAAUGGACAAGCCACAAUACGCCAAUCAGGACAUCUACGACAUCAUGUUGAACUGCUGGAACGUGAAACCCGAUUCGCGACCAUCGUUCAAAGAUCUGAAAAGUCGGUUCAACGCAAUGCUGCCGGAAGAACUGCGAAAUCACUACAUCGAUCUCAACGAGCCAUAUCUGACCAUGAACGCCGAGAAGGAGGAACGAGGAGAGCCGGAUUACCUGGCAAGUCUUGGACCACCGGAAGAACAGGCACCCAAAGCUCCACCCAACUACGUUAACGGAAUCAUUCUUCCGUUGCCACCGAUUUCCGACAAUCCGGACUACCUGCAGAUGACCAGCGCCAAGUCGGACUCCGAGGACAGUCCGUUCGACUUUGCCUCGUUCAACAACAGCCAACCGUCGCCGACGUUGAAGAACAACCUAGACUCCAGCCCCCAGCAGGCAAGCAAACAGCACAAAAAGAAAGGAAUCCCCGAGGAAAUCCCAAUGCUGCACAACCGCUCCCGUUCCGGUGGCCAUGAUAUCAAUUCCGACUCGGAAACGGAACCCACAAGCCCGGUACCGAAGGAACGCACAACCAAGCUGAUACACCAGGACCACGAAUACACCAAUGUGAAACGACUGAACAGACCCACCACCAGUAAUGGGCAACAGCAGACAAACGACCCGGGGAAGGACGCCUUUAGCAAUCCCGGCUACGUGGUGGUGCCCGUAGACAACGAGAAGAGAUUGAAUUGAGCCACACUUUCGAGGACGCGCUUUUUACUUAGUUAGGAUUGAGAUCGAGACGAAUGGGGAACGAAUGUAUGAGUUUUAAAGAACUAUUUACUACUUGUGAGUGUUGUGAAGCGGUUGUCUGUCUGUCCGAUGUAGGAGUGAUCGUUUUGCACUCGCUGUGAGUGGGGGAAGCUUUUAAAAAUGUUUUCUCACUAAUCAAUGCCUUAAAUGUUUUAGAAAGUCUAGGAUAUUUUACUCAUUAUUGUUGUAUGUCAAUAAAUUAUUGUAACUUCAGUGAU